AUGGGGAACACAUGCUGUCCAGCCGUGGCCGGGCAGGAGUUGCGCAUGGUCAGGCGCUUGGGGAGCAAGAAAGUGUCGGCAGGUGGCAAGACAUUCUCCCCAUAUGGUAUGGUGCCAGAGAAAACCGCACCUGUCAAGUGCUCUUCCUUCAGCAAAGCUGGCAGUGAGGGAGGUCCUGGUGAAAAAGUAGAUUUGCGCCAGUACAUGACGGCGAUUGAGGACCAAUCGCAGAGCAACAGUUGCUGCGCCAACGCCAUUGCUGGUGCAUAUGAAUACCUCAACAAGCGCGAUGCAAUGAAGCAUGGCGAUACAAUCGCUGACAUCUCCCGCUUGUUCAUCUACUAUGUUGGCCGGAAGAAGGACCAGCAAGAGUUUGGCGAGAACACCAAAGUAGCACCAUCAGAUGAGGGCAUGACGAUUGGAGGCGCCAUCACUGCCUUGCAGGUCAAAGGAGCAUGCAUGGCAGCGGACUGGCCGUUCGACUUGGAAAGGGUCAACGACACGCCCGACCUAGCUUGUUUCGACAAGGCAAUGAGGUACAAAAUCUCCAACGCCACUCAAGUUCCAUGUGACCUCGAUUGCAUGAGGGAGGCAUUGGCCUUGGGGAGCCCCAUUGUUUUUGGCCUGAAGCUCACCGCCCAAUUCUUCUGCCCUCUGCCGGGUGGGCUGAUUCCCACGCCGGAUCCGAGUGACCCGCAGUCGGCGGAACAUGGCCUUCACGCAAUGCUCCUCGUGGGCUACAAUGAUCGACAGCAGGUCUUCAUCGUACGAAACAGCUGGGGAGAGUCAUGGGCCGACCGUGGCUACGCCUACGUGCCCUACGACUACAUCGCCAACCCCGAGUUCAACUUCCUCGGGAUGUACACCAUUACAGGAUUGACGGAAACCGACUUCACGCCGGAUGCCGAUGACGGCCAGGACUUCUCAUACGACAGCCGGGGCGAUGGGAACGCAGCUGACAUCACCGACUACGAGGAGCCAGUGCCCCCGAGCAAUAAGGAUGAUAGCUUUGAUGCUGACGACGCGCUGGACUUGGAUUGCGAAGCCCGGCGCGUUUUCAACAAGUUUGACCUGAACGGGAGCGGCACCUUGGACUUUCAGGAGUUGCAUCUGGCCCUCAUGAUGAAUGGGAAAUUCAUGACCCCCUUCGAUCUUCAGAAGCUCAUCGCCGAUGCGGAUCGGGAUGGGAAGCCUGGCCUCAGCUUCGAAGAGUUUCUGAGCCUUUGCAAGUAG